AUGGACUCGGAAAUUGAACCACCUGUCGAUUAUGUCUACAGCUGGAGUUCGGAGCAUGAAUUGCCCCUCGAGCAGUUCCUGUCUAAACACAAGCCCAGCAUGAUUCAGGAUAAUGGGAGCAAGCCGUGGAUAUGGGUGAGAAGGCCAGAGAGUGUUGCUCCGGCGAUGCCGGAUGGGGUGGUCGAGGAGGCGCUGAGCAUUUUAGAAGACGCCACCCAAAAGAACGACGACAAGAUCCCAACUCGGUCAAACAAAAAAACAGGCGCGCGGAGCAAGAAGGAACUACGGGAAGAGGUACAAGUCAAAGCCUCUGAAGAACUCAAGAAGCUGUCUCAGGACAAGGAAUUUACACACGGCAAAUGGCUCUUCUUCGCCCAGCCGGACUCGGUUGAUGGGAUGUGGACGAGGAUCGCCCGUAGCCUUGCGAGCGAUGAACGACCCCAGCAUCUCAUCUGCGUGUAUCUUCCGGAUUUGUAUGACAAAGCAGCCGUCACUGAGGUCCUCAAAGUCCUCAUUGGGAAGGUCGGGCUGACCCCUAGCAGUGCUAAGACAGACCUGUAUACCCAGAUUGGGAUUGACAGCAAGCAUCCCAGCGGCAUUCGAUCCACGAUUUGGCAAGUAAAGGAGCUGCUAAAGGAAGACGAGCUACAGAAACUGCGGGACGAAUUUACUGCGGGGCAGAACUCAUUUCGACCAAGCAAGCCAAAGAUGACAACUAAGAAGGAUGAUCCGUUCGGAGAUGAGGAAGACGAGAAUGACAACCCGAAACCAGCCAUCAAAAAGGGAACAAAACGCAAAGAUGUAUUUGACGAUGACGAUGACGAUGACGAUGGUACCCAAAUGCCAGAUAAGAAAGCCAAGAUGUCUGCCGUCAAAUCUGCCCGUAAGCAGAACGAGUCAGAAACUGAGCACGAAGGGGACGAGGAAGAUAAACCGAUCAAGCAAAACGCGAUCAAGUCAGACGCCAAAGCCUCUGCUACCAGUGGACAGAAGGCUGGGGCAAGCAGGCUUGGUAAAAUCAAAGCCUCGAGGACGAAGCACGACUGA